UCAAAGCGUCACAGACGCACACACCCGCUCACACACAAUCGGCAGUGACUCUCAGGCAGUGAAUGCGAGUCUCCAACCAGCAGCACAGACCUCUCCACUCCUUUAGCAAAAACGGGAUAUUAGGAGGCAAUUCCCUGCUGUUCUUUUUUGAGGGGGAUUCUAAACCCGCUGCUUGUCCUCUUCCCUUGCCUUCCAUUUUCUUCUGCCUGUCAUUCUCUCAGUGCUUGGUUCUAAUUUUAGAAACAUGGAACCUCGGGGAGCGCUCUCCCAAAGCUAUUUACGUCCCAGCUUCUCCUCAUCUUACGCCUCCUCCUCCUCUCUUCUCCCUCUUAUUAGUCAGGAGGAGAAUAGCCAGAGGAUCUUUUGAUUCACCGGAGUCGGGGUAUUGCAUCUGUAUUUUUGUUGUCGGUAGCAGGAAGAGGCGAACAUGCUGCAGAUCUUGGAGCAGCUCUCUUGUCGGCGCUGUACGCAGUAACUCCCUCCUGACUGUGAUUCUGCUGCUUCUGUUUGGCUGCCAACGACCAAGAAGAAACAAACUUUCCUCCUCCAUCUUAAACACGGCCGGAUACCUGGUGAAACAUAACUGGCCAAAGCGACAAUUUCAGGAGGAUGAGUCAAGACUAGGGGUGAUCCUUAUUUACUCCUUAUUUACUCAAUUCCUCAAUCUCAUCGGAGGGAAGACUUCCUGGAACCCGCUGCCGAGACUACGAUAGCAGAGAGGAUUUUGUCCGAGGUGACAGAAGCUGUAGAGCUAAAGACUACCUGAGACUGGACAAUAGAAACACUGGAGAUUUUUUUCGGAUAGAAUUAACUGCAGCUUUCAGCUUUAAAACAAUUGAAAAGCAGAAGACAUUUCUGAAUUUAACUUCAGCAGCCUCCUGUUCCAGUGUUUUUCUCUCCUGUCCCUGGGACCUCGCAUCUAAACUAAGCCAUGCUGCGUUUUCUGAAGAAGAGCUGACGCUUUCUUUUUCUAUUUUUUUUUCUUUGUUUUAUUUUUUUGCCCAAACCAAUUAAAGCACCAGCUUUUGUCUUGGCAUGCUGUUACAUCCCACCGUGUCAGGAUUGUGCGCCAUGUUGCAGACCAUCUAUGAGACCGAGUCCUGUUUUUCAUCUGCCAGCACAGACAGCCAUCACCAGCCUCUGGAGCUCCUGACUGGCAACAGGGGCUCCAGCACAGCCAUGCCCAGCGCUGUCAUGGAGGUAAAGAGCAGCCUCCCCUCCAGCAUGCAGAGCCCGGCAGGAACAGCAAGUGAGCAGAGAGGAGGAGGCGGAGAAGGUGGUGGGGCUUCUGGAGAAGGAGGAGGGGGAGGGCCCGUGGAUCUAAGAACAGAGCCCAGGGUUGGAUCUUUGUCCGGGGGCAUGGUGGUGGACACAGCCCUGAGAGAGCAGCAGCUUCAGCAGGAGCUGGUGCUCCUCAAACAGCAACAGGAACUCCAAAAGCAGCUGCUGUUUGCAGAAUUUCAAAAAAAACACGAAGUGCUUACAAGACAACACGAAGUCCAGCUGCAGGAGCAUUUAAAGCAGCAGCAGGAGCUGCUGGUAGCCAAACGGCAGCAGGAGCUGGAGCAGAAGAUGAAACUAGAGCAGCAAAGACAUGAAGAACAGGAGAAACAGCGACUGGAGCAGCAGCUUCUUCUGCUCAGGAACAAGGAAAAGGGGAAAGAGAGUGCCAUUGCGAGCACAGAGGUGAAGCUGAAGCUGCAGGAGUUCCUUCUUAGUAAGAAAGAGCCGGGUCCCAGUGGACAGAACCAUACCUUCUCUCCAAAGUGCUGGGGAGCGCAGCACACCUCACUGGAGCAGAGUUCCCCCCCACAGAGUAACACCCCCGGAACACCUCCCUCCUACAAACUUCCCCCGCUGCUGGGGAGCUACGAGGGCAAAGACGACUUUCCCCUCCGCAAGACAGUCUCCGAGCCUAACUUGAAGGUGCGUUCGAGGUUGAAGCAGAAGGUGGCUGAGAGGCGCAGCUCUCCACUCCUGCGCAGGAAAGACGGAACCGUCAUUAGCACCUUCAAGAAGAGGGCCAUCGAGAUAUCAGUUUCCUCUCUCUGUAGCAGCGCUCCAGGCUCGGGUCCAAGCAGCCCCAACAGUUCCAACACGGCUAUAGCCAACGGCAACACAGGAUCGGUCCCUAACAUACAAACUGAGCUGAGAUCUCUUCACCAGACCUUGGGGGCUGAUGGGACGUUGAGUCCGCUGAGUCUCUAUACCUCACCGUCCCUACCAAACAUCUCUCUAGGCCUCCCUACUAACACGCACAUCACGCCCCCCCAGAAGCUGUCAAACCAGCAAGAGGCUGAGCAUCAAGCUAUCCAAUCCUUGCGAGGGGGUGGUGCUCUAACAGGGAAGUUUCUAUCCACGUCCUCCCUACCAGCAGGUGUGGGACAUGAAGUGGAAGCCCCGCCGCCCACCUCUCAUUCCGCCCAUUCCUCAUUGCUGCAGCACGUCCUUCUGUUGGAGCAGGCUCGGCAGCAGACUGCUUUGCUAGUGCCCAUCUACAAUCAGUCGCCACUGGUUACCGCAGAGAGAGGCGUGACCACGGGCAUGCGUGGGGUCAACAAAUUGCCUCGCCAUCGGCCGCUGGCUCGCACGCAGAGCGCACCCCUGCCCCAGUCCCCACAGGCCCUGCAGCAGCUGGUUGUCCAACAGCAACACCAGCACUUCCUAGAAAAACACUACAAAAUGCUGUCAAAGGGAGCAGACCUUCCACGCCCACCACCCACUCACCCAGAGGAGACGGAGGAGGAGCUAACUGAGACCAAUGACAUGCAGGAAGAUGAUGGGUCAGUGCGCAUCAAUAGACUUCAGAAAGAGGGAUCCGAUGACAGCUCACAUUCGUCGGAGCGCCUCAGUGUGCAUGUGAAAGGCGAGGAAGAGCACAGGAGCAUGCAUGUGAAAGGCGAGAGCACAGAGAGUGAGCUGGAGGAAGAAGAAGAGGACGACGAUGUUAUCCAGCUGAGGGAGAGUGAGGAGGAUGAGAGAGGGAGCUACCUACAGCAUUCCUUGCAGCAGCUGGGCAUCUUUCAGUCUUCGCUGCCCCACAGACCUUUGGGAAAAGCGAAGUCCUCCCCUGCAGCCACUGUCAAUCCCAUCAAACACCUCUUCACCACCGGGCUCGUUUAUGACAGUUUGAUGUUGAAACAUCAGUGUGUAUGUGGAAAUGCUCACAUACACCCUGAGCAUGCGGGGAGGGUCCAGAGCAUCUGGUCCAGGCUGCAAGAGACAGGCUUGCUGGGCCGCUGUGAGAGAAUCCGUGGGCGGAAAGCAUCUCUUGAUGAGAUCCAGUCGGUCCACUCAGAGUUCCACACUCUGCUGUAUGGAACCAGUCCACUCAAUCGGCACAAACUUGACCACAAGAAGCUUCUGGGUCCAAUCAGUCAGAAGAUGUACGCUGUUCUUCCCUGUGGAGGAAUCGGGGUGGACAGUGACACUGUGUGGAAUGAGAUGCACUCUUCAGCAGCAGUCCGCAUGGCAGUGGGCUCGGUCAUUGAACUUGCUUUCAAAGUGGCAUCAGGAGAGCUGAAGAAUGGCUUCGCUGUGGUGCGUCCCCCGGGUCACCAUGCUGAGGAAUCCACAGCCAUGGGAUUUUGUUUUUUCAACUCGGUUGCCAUCACAGCAAAACUGCUGCAACAGAAACUUGGUGUAGGCAAGAUCCUCAUUGUAGAUUGGGACAUCCAUCAUGGCAAUGGCACCCAGCAGGCCUUCUACAAUGAUCCUGACGUUCUUUACAUCUCCCUCCAUCGGUACGAUGACGGAAAUUUCUUCCCUGGCAGUGGAGCCCCCGAAGAGGUGGGUUCAGGUGCUGGUGCUGGUUUCAACGUGAACAUAGCAUGGACUGGAGGGGUGGAGCCCCCUAUGGGAGAUGUGGAGUACCUCACGGCUUUUAGGAAUGUGGUGAUGCCUAUUGCCCAGCAGUUUAGCCCAGAUGUAGUCCUGGUGUCUGCAGGAUUCGACGCUGUGGAGGGUCAUCAGUCUCCUCUUGGUGGCUACAACGUUUCAGCCAAGUGUUUCGGCAAGUUAACGCAGUUGCUGAUGGGUCUGGCGGCUGGGCGGGUUGUCAUGGCGCUGGAAGGUGGUCAUGACCUCACCGCUAUUUGUGACGCUUCUGAGGCCUGUGUGUCUGCGCUCCUGGGAGACCCGAGUGACGCUGGGUUUCAGUGGCCUCAGGAAAAGCCAUGUCCCAAAGCCUGUGCCUCACUGGAGACAGUGAUAGAGAUCCAGAGUAAGCACUGGCCCUGUCUCCAGAGUUUGACCCAGACCAGCGGACACUCGCUACUGGAUGGGGCUCAGGGACAAUCGGAGAGGGAUGAGGCAGAAACAGUCAGCGCCAUGGCCUCCCUCAGUGUCGAUGUGGAGCCAUCAGGCUCUGUUUCGGAAGACGCAGAAACCAGCAGGUCCACAGAGGAGCCAAUGGAGGAAGAGCCAGUCUUGUAAGAGGAGCUCAGACUAGAAGCACACAAACAUCUUCACCUCCUCCUUGCACCUCUUUGCCCUCCUGCUUUCUUUCUCCAUUUGUGCAGUAUGUGUGCGUGCACACACACGGAGUGGAACUGUGCUAAUGUCGAGGAAUUUGAUUGGCUGAGAAGAUAUUGGAGUCAGGAAAAUGCGAGUCCUGUGAGAAACUUGGAUGCAACUCUUUUCCUCUGGCUGAUUCAUCCAGGGAGGAGUGGACGACUUAUCAGCAUCUCCGUGGAAACUAGAGGAGGGAAAGCAUUAGCAAGGACACAUUUCUGGUCCUGUUGUAAACUCCAGCACCUGUACACUGCACCACUCAACUUUAUUUUUCCACUCUAUUGUCGUUCUACCUUUUUUUUCCUUCAUCCCUACUCCUCUGUUCCCACCGAAGGGCGCUGGAAAGAUUAACUUCCUGCAGCAAAUGUCCAACGGCAAGCUGACGACUGGUCUCCUUGCCUGUUGUGCAUCCCAGACGAGCUGAGCAGGCAGUGUAGAGAUAUUUUACAAUGAGCAGAGGAGAAACUCGGUGCCUUUUUUUCUGUCCACAGAAAUAAACCGUCCAAUCAGAAACCACGAAUCACUGCCACAGCACCUCAGCAGACCAAGCAGCCCAUCAGGACUUAAGAAACACACACACACUCUGCUGCUGUUGUUACAGUCCGUCAAUGUAUUUUUGAGUCUUUGUUUCGUCAUCUGGAUGCCUUAGUUUGUCCUAAUUUCACAGUUUAGCGACCUCGAGAGAGACGGAGAGCAUCGUGAGGGCUGAUAUGUACAUACUCUGUGUUCACCGACUAAUAAUUACAUUAUCUGACAAUACUGUGGGAAAGUAUUCUUGACAGAUUGCUAUGUCUUAUUUCUUUUUUUUAGGGAAGAAAAGCCUCUAGUCAUUACUACUAUGGAGUAAACAUUGAAGUGAUAUUCAGUCACACUUUGACUGAGCAUUGCAGGAUCAGCUUUACCAGCAUUCAUUGUGUCAAACUUCAUCGCCACCCAUCAGCCCUCUAUCUCUCUUAGUGUGUUUCUUAGCCGUGUGACACAACCCCCGACCAUUUUUCCCUUAAAGGGGAUUGUUGGAUUUUGGCACCACCACCUUGCUUUUUUUCUUUUUAAUUGUAAUAUUCCUGUUUAGUGUAAAUACUGUCCAUUGUCCCGUUGCCCAUGGCCAUGUUAUUGCUAAUGGAGUGGAGUGAGGUAACUUUUCUAUUUCUGUACAUACAGAUAUGUAUAAAAUACAAAAUACUUUUUCCUUUUUGUAUAAAAGCAAAAAUAACAUAUAAUAUGUAUGAACAGUGUUUUAUCCAAUCAGAUUGGAUAUCUAAAUAUACUCUGUUUGAAGAUUUGAUGUUUUCAGGGUUUGGCUGUUUGACAGGUAAUAAGCACAGGGUUUGAUGGUGUUGCCCAUCACUGCAGCCUGCUUGUUUGUUUGUUUACAGGAGCUGAAGGGGGCUGGUUUUUGUAGUUUGUUUUCUUUCUUUCUUUAUUUUUCCAAAGAGGAGAAGUGAACUGCAGUUCCUCUCCAUUAACUCAGACUGAGAAGCUCAUUAGCUUUGAUUCAGGAGCAGCAGACUGACUGACAGCCACUGAGUGGAUCGUGAAAUCCACUCAGUGGAUGGUGUUGAAGGCAAAGUGACAGGAUCAUAAGCUCAUUUCCUCCUGAGAGGGGAAAUAAAAGGUGAAUUUUAAACUUGUAUGUUUGAUCCAAGAUGGGGAAGGGAGGGCUGAACCAUCACAAGGCUGACAUAUGCAGCUCUUAUCUUGGUGCCGCUGCAACACUUUUUUUCUACAUGGAAAUAACUUGGACGAGAUGAAGAGGUGUCGACCUAUCUGCUGAUUUCAAGACUUCUAACUGUAAUUUUAAGCAUGAUAUUGAUUUGAUCCUGACUAUACUGGGAAAAUGUGCCAAGAUUUAGGGUGUACCAUAGACAUUCUGCAGUAUGCUAAAUUAGCACCAAAAAUGCAAAUAUUUGAAGCUUUACUGACCCAAAGGGAAAAACUCAAUGCUUAAAUGUCUUAAGGGUCAGUUUUUCUGUUCAAAACUAAGAACAAGUCAUAACUCCAGCUAACCUUACAGGAACAACUUGGGACUCAAGUUUGCAAAUGAAAAUACAGCAUCAGCUGCACUGCUGCUGACUGUGACAUUCAGUUCAUUUCCAUUCUGGCAAGAAAAUGAAAAUCAAACAACAAAAAAAGUAAUGACAGAGAAGGUGUACACCACCUCCUGAGGUCUGUUGGGAAAACAUGUUCAUAAAUCCAGUAGAAAUUAGUUAAUUAGUGCUGUAAUAGAAAUAUGUUUGAAGUCAAAGAGAGGCCUAUCAAGCUUUUUGGUUGAGAACUUCACAUAGGCACUUCUGGACUGAAUUCAAAUUAACUUGUACUUAUUUAUCGGCCCAGAUUGUGGUUUGUCAUUAACUAUUACAGCAAAACGUUCGCCACACAAAAUUUAGGAGGGUCAGAUAUGUUUGUUGAAGAACGAAGCAAACACUGCUCAUUUCAUGCUGUAUGUUAUCCUAAACGAUAUGAAAAAAGAAAGAAUAUAUACAUAUUCUAUCAACAUUAACAUUUUCUAUCAACCACAACACUCGACAAAAAAUCAGCAUCCACUUAAUGAAUGGGCAGUACACUGUGUGCAGUUGCUCUGUUACAGUUAAGAAAAUAAAAAAAUUCACAAGUCAGCACAGAUCAAAAGGGUCCAACAAUAACGAUCAACUUUAACAUAAACCCCACCAACAGUUAUUUCAGUCAAGGCUGUUUCAAUAUGUGAAGCUGUUAAACUGUUUGUUACCACCUACCAAUCCAGUAGCAAUCUUGACAUACAAACAGCUGUAAUCACAACACUUAAAAUAGAUGAAUGACGUAUUGAUUUAUGUUUAAUCUUAUGGAACUAUGAGUGACCUCCUUGCAAGUAACCCCUGGAAAUACAGUUUGAAUGGUAGAACGAGUUAUGGUUAUGCUUUGUCUGGAUCAUGAAAUGAUUGCUGGGGUUUUCCCUUAAAACUGACAAAUAACACAAUACCAUUGAAUCUGAACUGGACCAUACUCUGGACACAACCCUCAAUCCAAUUAGUUCUAUUUUGCAUGAUCCCCUCUACUGGGUUUCACCCACACAAAGCAAUAUCACAACGGUUGCACUCUAGAGUUUAAGAACAGUAUGGUCCAGUUUCAGUGUCACAGACAGGAAUUCUUCCUCUAUUCAGGUUAUAAAAUAAAUUGAUUAAUCAUAUUUCUCAUCCAACACUUAGACAAAUAAUCAAGCACCUCGCUUUUAGGUGUGGGUGCAUGCGGACUGAGCGGUGAAACUGGUAGGACUGAAACCUGAAAAAUAAAAUACUUAUUAAACACAAUGUUCUUUCAAGAGCAAAGCUCAAGCAGAGCUUAUGGAAGCACAAAAGGACCAAAACGUAUCGCUAAUUGAGAUGUGGUUUAACAAGCAGCAACUACCAGCACAGUUGGAUGCCUUAAUGCUUCUCCUUACAGCUUAGGAGGCAUUGGCUGUAUCGCGUGGCCACUACAAGAAUUGCAGGCCAAAAGUGUUCAAAACACUGAUAAAUGUCAAAGGAUUGCAGCUGAAUAUAUCUUGCAGCUCUGUAAUUGGGAAGAUUUGCUUAACAGGGUGAGAGAUGAAAGGAGCUUUGCCUUCACUAAAACUAGUUUGUGCUUCUGCGUGCAGCCAAAUUAUUAUUAUUUUUUGUGGUCUUUUCUUAACUAUUUUUGCUAAAUUCUUGAUGUAGGCCUACAUGUCUUUUAAUCAUGUAGAAUGUUUCCAUUAAAGACAUGUAACGACUGAUAACCUUACCUCAGAAAUAUCUGAUCAAGAUAUGGAUAUCCUAAUUUGGGGGAUGAACCAAAUCGCUAUCCACGCACAAUUUCUCAUCAAAGGUGUUUAUAAUUUCAAGCAAGCAGGGUUCAUUUCAUGUUCAUUGUUUAUUUGUUCCCAGCUCCUAGUAGGUUUGGUUUCAAUCUUAGUUGCCAACACUAAUUUCUCCUAUUCUUUAGAAUAGAUGUUUAAAGGGGCAACAUCUUAAAUGUGAUCUUUCAUUUACUUUAAUUUUGUCUGCUAUAAACCUUGUUUAAAAUAUAAAUAUAUAUGGUAUUGCCUCAAUAUCAGUCGCAAAAACUUCAGUUUACCAGGUUAUCAAAAUUAGGGUAUUGUUGCUCAAACAAGCCAGGUGUACAUAAACGAGAAUGUACACACCUGAACUUUGCUUUAUGUGUGUACACAAGGAUCCAACACCAGGGAUGCCUUUGAGAAAAGAUUGUCCAGAAAAUCCAAAUAGCCAUUUUAAUGCCUCAAUACAAACCCACCUGAAAUAGAAGGAUGAAAAACAAAAAGUAGAAAUUAAUUUAGUCUUCCCCCUUUUGAGGUGCUGAUGUGUUUUGUAAAGUCAGAAUAACUGCAAUAUCAUGACAAUAUUGAUGUCACAGAAAGUUGUUUCAAAAUUCUUGGCGGUAGUUGCUGCUUGGUCACACGUACUAUAAGCACAGAUGAUCCAGAACUCUAAAACUGGCUGUCAAGCCACCUCUCAAGUCCAGCGGCCACACAGCUCUACUGUUGCGAUAACACAUAUUCUACUACACAUACACACACUCAGACUAUUUUCUACAUGAGUUGAUACUGUACAUUUCUUGAUAUGUUUGAUACUGUGGUGUAACUGUUGUGUCAUUCUACGAAGCCAGGGUGGGGGGAUUUUGGGUGGGAGGUUAAGUGUCAGUUCCUUUUUACCUCCUCCUGAUUUUGGGGGGGGAGGCAGUCUGUUGCGUUUCUUUCGUCUGGCUCGGUUCUCAGAACAAGGCUUUUUGUUAAUGUGGAACUGAUCACAAGCACAUUCCUGACUCCUCUGUCUUUGCUGUUGCUUUCUGCUUAUUCCUUCCUGCUGCAACAAUAUGACUGUCUAGUUCUUGCUGACUCACGUGUAUAUAAAAUGCAUAAAUGUGUUCACAUGUGCAAUACACGCUAUUCAAGCAAUCUAUUACUGUGACUAAUAUUGAUAAUUGUCACUUUUUUUAAAUUUCAGCCUGUAUUUCCCUUCUUGUCUUGAUUAUGUUGCAGGAGCUUAAAAGGGAAGAUGACUAUUGUGAUUCUUCACAUUUCAAUGAAAGCCCUUUUUUUUUUUAUUCCUCUGUAAUGUGACGUUUAUCCUGAAUUUUUUUUUCCUUUUUAAAGUGGGCUUGUUAAAUUUGUCUGGAAACUCAAUAAAGCAAUGCACAGACCCUUACAGCUGUCAGGAUUUGUCUUUUCAGGAAAUAGUAUAGGCUAAAAAAAAUGGAUGCCUUGUUUUUUUUUUCUUAAAAGAAAAUUAAAGGGAAGUGUUUAUGAAAGAAGA